AGAGGGAAUUGAAGAACUGUUUCUUCUAGAACUUUCCUAUUUACUCUUUAUUGGGUUUCUCUAUAAAUACAUUCCCAAGCUUUUCUCCAUUGACGACACAAAAAUCUAUUCAACUGCUCUGAUUUUUAAUUUCUGACUACAGCGAAACCCUAUAGCUAAAAGAAUCAAACUCAAUGGCGAUUAUCUCUGAGAUGGAGGAGGUGAGACCCUCGAUGGUGCCGUUUAGUGCAAGCUUUGAUCCUUCAAACCCAUUAGGGUUUUUGGAGAAAGCUCUCGACUUUAUUGGGAAAGAGAGUAAUUUUCUGAAGAAAGACACGGCUGAGAAGGAGGUCGCUACUGCUGUUAGGGAUGCGAAGGAGAGGUUGAGAGAAGCGGAGAAGAAGAAGUUGGAGAAGGAGAGUGUGAAGCCCACCGUGCCCGUGGAGGUUGAGAAGCCAAAGAAGGAGAGCUUGAAGCCAACGGAGCCUAUGGAGGUCGAGAAGGUGGCCAAGAAGGAAAGCUUGACACUUUCGGAGCACAUGGAGGUGGAGAAGCCGAAGGAGGAGAAAAAAGAAUCGGGUCCCAUUGUUCCUAACAAAGGCAAUGGGCUUGAUUUUGAGAAUUACACAUGGGGACAGAGUCUCCAAGAGGUCACGAUUAACAUUCCAGUACCACUAGGCACCAAAGCACGGUCUGUGACCUGUGAAAUCAAGAAGAACCGUCUCAAAGUUGGCCUCAAAGGGCAAGAUCCGAUCAUUGAUGGAGAAUUCUUCCAUACUGUCAAGCCUGACGACUGCUUCUGGAAUAUUGAGGAUCAAAAGAUGAUAUCAGUGCUCUUGACAAAGCAAGACCAGAUGGAGUGGUGGAAAUAUUGUGUGAAAGGAGAACCUGAGAUAGACACUCAGAAAGUUGAACCAGAGAGCAGCAAAUUGGGUGAUCUUGACCCUGAAACUCGUGCAUCUGUUGAGAAGAUGAUGUUUGAUCAAAGGCAAAAGCAGAUGGGACUCCCAACGAGUGAUGAGAUAGAGAAGAAAGAUAUGCUCAAGAAGUUCAUGGCUCAGAAUCCUGGGAUGGACUUCUCUAAUGCAAAGUUUCACUGAUGUUGAUUUAACUCUUUCUUUUUCUUAAGCCAGCUUCGUAUUCAAACUAAAUCACAUCUUAUUAUGGCUUUAAGAAGAAAUCUGCCCUUAUUGCUUAUUUUGAAGACAGUUGUUGAUUCGUUAAAUAUAUAUUUAAGGCUUCUUCUGGUUUUUGCUUAA